AGACGAAACCUUGUAGAAACUAGUUUAUUGAAAUUAACUUUCCCUCAAGUGUUAUAGUGAAGUAUUGGUUAAAAUGUCAGAGAAAAGCAGCCCUGCAAAAUAUUUUAUUAGUGGUGGUUUUGGCGGAGUAUGCACUGUACUCGCUGGACAUCCGAUGGAUACGAUUAAAGUGCGGUUGCAAACCAUGCCACUGCCGAAGCCUGGAGAGAAAGCUCUUUAUCGUGGUACUUGGGACUGUUUCUCGAAGACUAUCAAACGAGAAGGUUUCUUUGGCUUGUACAAAGGCAUGUCGGCGCCACUCACUGGUGUCGCUCCUAUCUUUGCAAUUAGCUUUUUCGGUUUUGGUCUUGGUAAGAAGCUAAUCAAGAGCGACAAAGAUGAAGUUCUGACAAAACCACAGUUGUUUGCCGCCGGUGCGUUUUCUGGAAUCUUUACUACAUCUAUCAUGGCCCCUGGAGAGCGUAUUAAAUGUCUGCUUCAAAUCCAGCAAUCUGGUACCACAGCACCAAAAUACAGUGGCAUGGUUGACUGUGCUAAGCAGCUGUAUGUAGAAGGUGGCAUAAGGAGUAUUUACAAAGGGAGCAUUGCAACAAUUUGCAGAGACGUACCAGCCAGUGGAAUGUAUUUCAUGACGUACGAAUGGGUUAAAGAGGCAUUGGUUCCAGCGAAUGCAACGGACCAAUAUAAGAUGUUGAUCACAAUAUUCGCUGGUGGCUGCGCUGGUAUAGCUAACUGGUUAGUUGGCAUGCCAGCUGAUGUAUUGAAAAGUAGAUUGCAGACUGCUCCGGAGGGUACAUACCCUAAUGGUAUGAGAGAUGUUUUUAAACAACUAAUGAAGAAUGAAGGUCCAACCGCAUUGUAUAAAGGAGUAACACCAGUCAUGAUCAGGGCUUUCCCGGCGAAUGCUGCUUGUUUUCUAGGAUUUGAGCUUGCAGUUAAAUUCCUUGACUGGGUAGCACCAAAUCUCUGAUAGCAGUGGAAGUAUUAGAUAGGAUUAUCGCAAUACCAAUGCAAAGUGUAAAGAGAAUGUAGGUAAUAAGUUUCCCUUGAUAUGUUUUGUACAGGUAUUAUUUUGAAUGCUUUUGUAUCACGGCAAUUUAUAACUUAUGGUUUAAAUUUGCUUUUGUUGGAACCUAUUUAAUUAGAUUUUAUAUGUCGCAUAGAAUAUGACAACACAAAACAUAUUGUCGCCUUCGAAUGAAAGCCUUGCAUUUGCACUUUCACAUUUGUAUUUACUGACUUUUGUUGAAGAAAAACUUAUAAACUUCUUGCUCAAAUAUAUUAAAUUAAUAUAUCUGCAAGAGGUCUAAUUUAACUAAUUAAAAUGCUAAGUUAUCAACGUUAUUGUGUUUACUACAUUUUACACCACAUUUUUAUCUUCAUCCAGAAAAAUUAUUUAGAAAUCACAUGAGGUAUUCACUCUAAGACGAUGAUGUGUAGGUAUUAGAACAAUUUUCAGUUAUUUGUGUGUAAAGUGACAAAACUUUUUUUUUCUAAUUCAUUUUGUGCAACUGUUUUUUCUUGCUGUAAAGUAAUCUAGCAGACAAAGAACUUAUUGUAAGAGAAAU